AUGAGUCAGGAGUAUUUCCCCGGCAACGGCGGUUCCUCUGCUGGUGAGGGUUCGUCAAGGCAUCCUCCGCAGCAGGAAGCGUCCGAGUACCCUUUCUUCCCGAACGCCCCGCCCGCGUACAUGACCGUUGGAAAUGGUUCGACCUCGGAGAGCGCGACGGCCUUGAUGGCAUCUUUGAACAGAGACUCGGGCUAUGGUGACAGUAUCGCGAGUGGCAGUUUGAGGGAUGGUGAUGCGGGUGGCGACUGGAGAUCCGAUAUGAUGGUGGAUAGACCGACCCCGAUACAUACUCCAACACUCCCGGGACAGUGGAACCCAGCAGCGGAACAUGAGCGACAGGUUGUGGCGAGCCAUGUUCACCAGCUACUAUACAACUCCAACAGGACGAAGCUCGGACGCGCUAUUACACGAACUCUCGAUACUUUGAAGGACCUCCAGGAGAUGAACCGUCAAUGGCCUGCCCACUACCCGUCAGUACGAGAUACUGCGGAUUCUCCUUCAGACAGACCCGCGUUGCGCCAGGCGCAGUCAUUCUUCGACGAUGGCGACAUUCAACAAGGGGAAUUUAGGCCUGGACCUAUUAGACGAGCAGCUACGGUAUCAAAUAGCGACGACCUGGCUGCAGCGGAAUCAAGUGCCGCUGCGGAACGUCGGCCAGUGCCAGAACCGAGAUUGAUAACCCCACAGAUAGCGCAAGAAUUUUCUAUCCUGAAGCUUGACUUGAAGCUAGGUGCUCUGUCUCAAGUGGAGUUAGUACAUUCGUUGGAAAAGGCUUCCAUUGCGUCUCUUUUGGACGGAAAGAUCAGCCAGAGUGUCAAGCACCUUCUCUCGCUGCGUGACAGGAUCGAAGAUACUUCGAGCAAGGUUUUGAUUACUGGUGACCUUAAUGCGGGAAAGUCCACUUUCUGUAAUGCUCUGCUGCGCCGCAAGGUGCUGCCCGAAGACCAGCAACCUUGCACCAGCAUUUUCUGUGAGGUUCUUGAUGCGCGGGAGAACAGCGGGGUUGAGGAGGUGCAUGCAGUCCACAAGGACGUAGACUACAAUCGCAACGAUGAGAGCACAUACGACGUGUAUCCCUUGACUGAGCUCGAGAAUAUCGUGAUCGACAACUCCAAAUACAUGCAAUGCAAAGUCUACGUUAAGGACGUGCGAACCAUUGACGAGUCUCUACUGAAUAAUGGGGUCGUCGAUAUCGCUCUGAUUGAUGCCCCUGGCUUGAACUCCGAUUCCUUGAAGACAACCGCUGUUUUUGCUCGGCAGGAAGAAAUCGAUGUUGUUGUGUUUGUCGUUUCCGCUGCCAAUCAUUUCACGCUCUCAGCCAAGGAUUUCAUUCACAACGCGGCAAAAGAAAAAGCAUACAUGUUUAUCGUUGUCAACGGAUUCGACCAGAUUCGCGACAAGCAACGGUGUGAGCGAAUGAUUCUGGAUCAAAUCAACAAACUUAGCCCUCGUACGUACAAGGAAGCUGCAGAGCUCGUUCAUUUCGUAUCAAGCAAUGCCGUUCCUGUUGCACCUCCUAUGUCCGUGGAAAGUUCUGGUUCCGGUGGUGGCGGGGGCUUCGAUUCCGACGGGGAUGACGAUGAUGACGAUAGUAAGCCCAAAGGCAAAGGCAAAGACAAAGGGAAGGAGAAACAGAAGAUCCAAGAUUUCGAAAACCUUGAAAGCUCUUUGCGACGGUUUGUUCUCGAAAAGCGUUCUCGCUCGAAGCUCGCCCCUGCCAGAACUUAUCUUCUCAACUUGCUUGGAGAUUUGAACUCCCUAGCCUCCGUCAAUCGCGACAUUGCCCAAUCCGAACUCAAGCGUGUCACAGAAGAAUUGGCAGAGCUCGAGCCAGCUUACGAAGGCGGCCAGAAGAAGAAAAUAGAGCUCGACGUGCAGGUUGAGAAAAAUAUUGAUGAUUCAUGCGAAGAUGUCUACAACCAUACGCGAUCGACCUUGUCGGACACUAUUGCUCGCGUUUCAGAGGCUGAUUUGGGUGUUGAAUACCCUGGUAUCUUCUCUGCAUUCCAGUAUGCGGAAGAUUUGAAGUUAGCCAUGCUGGAGCAAAUAUCCGCCGCAGCUUCAGCUUGCGAGGACUAUGCGCGCGUAAAAACAGUAGACGGUGUAGAAGCCAUUCAAAAGAUUGGUCUUCUUCACGUUGGAGACAAAUUUGCACCCUUGAAUUUCCGUGCCGAUAUGAUGUUCCGCCGUAGUCGACGCCAUACAUUUGCCAAACAAGUCGAUACGGAAGUUGAACUAUUGGAUUUCUUCGAUAUUGCUGGCAUUUGGGAGCGGCAAGAGAAGGUGGCUGGAACAGGAAUGGCCAUGACAGCUGUCACUGUCCUCGGAGGCAGAGUCUUCGGCGGUAUUAGCUGGGUUGACAGCGCAUUUAGUGCAGCUAAGUUCCUUGGCCCCAACAACUUGCGACGCCUCUUAGUUCCGGGUAUUGUCGCGGCUGCUGCUUUGACCGCUGCAUAUGUACUUUCUACAAUUCCCACUACACUGCCUCCUCGCCUCUCACGCAAGAUCGCCGCUGCUCUUGAAGAGAAAGACUACGUACAUUCGAACGCUACCCGGAUCUCGACUGAAGUCCGGCGGGUUCUCCGUAUCCCGGCCAAUAAUCUCCAGGCCAGUCUCGCCCAGGACAUCGAAGACCUCGGAAGACGCAAGCAAGAAGUCAGCAAGACCAAGGUUGAAAGUGAGAAUGCAAGCAAGUACUUCUCCAACCUCUUCCGGGAAAGUGGUGAGAACAGAAGGUCUGUAGAGAGUAUAGACCUUGAUGGCCCGCUGCCGGGUGCAAUGGGUGCCCAUGAGCCAUGA